AUGGUUCAAAACCAUGGGCUGAAAAUAGAGGAAGGAGCAGAAUUGACAGAUAGAGGAAGAUAUCAACGUCUUGUCGGAAAACUUAUCUAUCUCUCCCACACGAGACCCGACAUAGCAUAUGUUGUGAGUAUUGUGAGUCAGUUCAUGCACCAACCUCAGGCUAAUCACAUGGAGGCCGCCUUGAGAAUCGUACGUUACUUGAAAGGCACUGUAGGCUAUGGAAUAUUCCUAGCUAAAAGGGAAGACUUGGAGGUUGAUGGAUACACAGAUGCUGACUGGGCAAGCAAUCCAGUGGACAGGAAAUCUACAGGAGGCUACUUUACGUUCAUCGGGGGAAACUUGGUUACCUGGAGGAGUAAGAAGCAAAAGGUUGUAGCUCUAUCUAGUGCUGAAGCCGAGUUCCGAGGAAUGAAAAGUGGACUCAUGGAAAUCCUAUGGCUAAGAAGAUUACUCACGGAGAUUGGCUUCCCACCUACUCGAAAGAGUCAGCUGUUCUGUGACAACAAGGCCGCCAUUAGCAUCUCAGAUAACCCAGUGCAACACGAUUGA